AUGUAUAUUUUAUCGCCUGUAUCAAAACGCCUCCUAUUGGUCCCUAUCUUGGCCGUGAUGGCCAUACAAUUUCUCUUUGUACGCACUGUUUGGUCAUUAAACAUGACAAAUACAUAUCUACACCACAAAUGCUUUGUCGAUCAAGGAAAAUUCAAGCCGGGAAGUGAGUAUGAGGAAAACCUAAAAUUUAUCGUCGAGCCAAUCCCUGUAACGAGUGAGAGUUUUGAAAGAGGUACCAAAAUGGAAAUGGUUGGUGAAGGUCCUGAUUUAAUAUCCUUCAUCCUUCAGUGCCGUGGCGAUACAAGUGGGCCUAGAUGCCGUUCUUGCUAUGCUACUGCCCUUGCCGCGCUUCGCAGAAGAUGUCCGAGAUACAAAGGACGAAUUAUAUGGUACGACCAAUGCAUUCUCGAGAUAUCUACGAUUGAUUCUUUAGAUAAGAUCGACUACAACAACAAUUUAUGUAUGUCGAAUGGAAAGAAAGUGAUGGCCCAUUAUUAUUCAAACUCGGAGUGGCUCGAUCUCAUCCACAAUCUAACAACUAAAGCCAUUCGUCAAGGCAAUUCAAAAGGGAUGUACUACGCAGCGGGGGAGACGAGGCUUGCAACGGAAAAUAUAUAUGCAAUGGUGCAGUGUUCUUUCUACUUGUCGUCAAAGGAUUGCGAGAAUUGUGUGAGACAUAAUAUCAAGCAUUAUCAAGAUCACUUGUUUAAUAAACAAGGAGCUAGAGUUUUAGGUAAAAGUUGUAGCUUUAGGUAUGAAUUUUACCCCUUCCUCCUUGAGAAGACCCGUCCUUAA